AUGGCCACCACCAUAUAUCGAGAGAAGCUGAUUCACGAGCUAGAGGACGAGCGACACCUGCGACUGGAGAGCGAGAAGCGUCUCCGGGAAGUGAGGGAGGAGUCGGAGCAAGGACAAGUGCAGAUGGUUUCACUGCAGCAGCAAUUCUCCAGGAUGGAAGAGACGGUGCGGUCGCUGCUGCAGAGUCAGGGAGUCCUGGAGCAGACUGCUGUGGACACAGUGGAUAUCAUGAAGGCCUAUAAGGUCAAACUUUCCGAGGAAGUUCAGAAACUACAGGAGGAGAGCGACCGCGAGCUGACAGCCUCUCUGGUGGAGCUGGAUCCCCAACAGGAAGACCAGGAGGACAAAACCAAGCUCCUCCUAGAGCGCCUCAAGACCUUGGAGGAGGAGAACUCCGCCUUGGCUUCGGAGAACGAGAGCCAGAGGGAGCAGUACGACCGCUGUCUGGAUGAGGUUGCCAAUCAAGUCGUGCAGGCACUUCUCACGCAAAAGGAUUUAAGAGAAGAAUGUCUAAAGCUGCGAACACGAGUUUUCGACCUGGAGCAGCAGAAUCGGGCGCUGAGUAUUUUGUUCCAGCAGAAGAUCAAGCCUGCAUCAGAUCUGCUUCUCCAGAAACUCCACUCUCGGAUCAUGGAUCUGUCUGCGGCUGAUCUGCUUCUGGAGCAGGAGAGGAGCAAGGCUUUCCUGCUCUCCAGGAGCACGAACUCACCCUCUAACGAAGUUCAGGCCAAUGGAAAGGCGGGUCUCCCUGUGUCAAAGUGUCUGAGCCAGCUGAAUCUGACAGUACCGGCGCCCGUCUACCCACGCAGCAGCUGCAGCAGUAGUGAGCUGUCUCUGUCAAGUGCAUGCAGUGAAUUCUCCAGUGGCUCGUACACCUGGAAUGAUGGACGCUCCUGCGGGAAAAUGUCCUCUCUGACCUGGGAGAAGAGGCUGAGUUUGGGUUCGUCGGCUCCCAGUAACAUCUGCGCACCUCCAGAGGAGCAGCCACCCACAAGAUGCAAAGAGAGCCACAUACUGGAAGGACUGAGGAAACUCCAAAGGAGAAAACACAGAACCUCUUCCAGUUCAUCUAAGGUCUCCAGGUCGGGCAACAAAGAAUGCAUGAACUCCAACGAGGGCAUCUACUCUCUGGGUAUCAAGAGUAGCAGUAAAGGGGUUUCUAAGCCAACCCAUGUUGUCAGAACUUCGGCUGCUCGUUGCAAGCAGUUUUUUUACGAUUCAGAUGAUGCUGAUGAUGAAUUGGCACAAUCCAGCUGCAGAGAUAACAUCCCUACCAAGGACUGUUGGUUUCACUGUAAGAAGCUCUCCCACAGCAUCUCGGACAGUUUGUGUAGCUGGGAGGGGACACAGGAAAGUGGGGCUGGUGGUGAUGGUACCUCAAGUACCGUGGCUGAGAAACUCUGUUUUUCUGACUCAAAAGAGCAUCCAGAGAAGCUCAUGAGCUACAUUAACAGUUUUCUACCUGAAAGGGUCCAUAAAUCAGCUUUUAGUAAACCAUCCAAGCUUCACUUACCCUCUGACCCAGACGGACCAAAACGCCUCUCUGACAUCGAUGUCUCAGAACUCAACUCUGAGUGCAGCGAUGUCCGAACAUCUCAGCCGCCAGAGCAAGCUGAGAUGGACUUCAGGAGACUGUCCAGGGACGCCGCCAAGCUCCUCAAACAAAAAUACUUACGGCGAGAUCAGGGACGCACCCAGUCUGCUGAUGGACGGCCAACACCUUUCAGCCUGCUGAAGGAGCCAAAAGAAACAAAGUGCACCCAGUCUGAGGAGAGCAUAUUAGCAAUAUUUGAUGCAGCAGGAGAACCUAUUGAACUUUGCCCCCAGAAGCUUGUAGCAAGUACAGAUGAUGUACAAAGCAGCAAUGUAGUUCCUAAUUAUGCAGAGCUUGUACCCCAAGAGAGUCCAACAAGGCAAAAACCUGUAAACGCAAGGAACUAUACUGUUCUUGUAGCUCCAGAAAAGCCAUCAGAAUGUGAGACUAGCAAAGUCAGCAAUAGCAGGGAGGGAAGUGCAGAUAGGCUGUCAAUGGAGCUAACUCCUCAGAGGAAAUUAAUUAAACCACCAAGCACCCGGGCGAAUAAAGUCCACUCCAUCCCCGCGAUGAGUGAUUCUAAGUCCAGUGGUUCAAAAAUUCCUGGUCGCAACAAACCAUCAGCAUCACCACUGAGACCGUCUAAAACAACGGAGCCAAGUAAUAAUGGGAACUCAGGACACUCAGCUGAGGAGAAAUCCCCCUGUUCUCCAACAGUAAAAAUCUCCAGAUUUAUAAAGACACAGGGAAGUUGUUCACAGAGCCCAAAGGUUAUAAACUCCAAGCUCACCAACAGGGCUGAAUGGAGCAAGGGUCCCUCUUCCAGUUCCCCCCAACUUCCGAGAAGGCAUCUGGAGUACGCAGACACUAGUGAGCAACCAACCAGAGACAAACACUGUGAAACUGGCAAAAACAAACUCAGGUCUCCCUCUCCUCCCCCUCCCCCGGGCCGCACCACCUCUUUACUCAUCAGACCAAAUUACGAAGGCUCGCCUCAAGCACAUAAAAUAGGGAUGGCUCAACCAUCCACAUCAACCACUGGGAGGGGCCCUCCCCCAAGUUACCACACUUCCCUCGCACCAAAUAUGCAAACCACUUUACCCAUCAAAGAUAAAGACUGUUCAGACCUGGACGCAGGCUAUGGAACUGCACUUGCACCUCAGAAGCUGGUCGAGAAAACCAGUCAUCUCCUUCAAAAGUCCCUUGUGACUCAGACACCUACUAAAGGCACUUCCAAACGUACGAAAGACUACCUCCCUUCUGCAAACUCAGGGUGUGCUCAAGAACCCGAAAAUGCACCUAGAAGCUCAAAGAAUGUUCCUCCUCCCUAUGGUGCACUCAGAGGGACUUCACUUCAGACUUCAUUUGCAAGUAAAAAAGCACCUGCUCAUGAAAAUGUCCAUCAGUCGGUGCAAAAGACCUCUAUUAGUUUACCUAUAUCCCUUCAAGACUCCCCUCAAUGUCAGACAGAGCAGCAGAACAGCAAAGCUAUUGUCAGCCCUCCCAGCUCAGCUGUUAUGUCGCCUAACCAAGCGGAAAAAGCCUCAAAGACUCGAAUCCCAAUGGGAUUUAAAGCCUUUUUGAAAUCCCCUCCUACCAAUAUAAGCAGUCCCACUGUACCAGGCAAACAAGAGAAAGAUCAUAUCAACUCUGCCUCCAAAAUAACAGCGACUUCUAAUGCUUCGACCCAGUGCGACAGCUUGCAAGCUGCAUAUACUAUCGAUUUACCACCCAAGAUGUCUCCCACAGAGGGGAAAGGUGAGGUUCAGUGUCCCCUACAGGAGGAGGAUGUACAUAAUGCUGUAUUGUCAGAGGAGGGGGACGUUUGUAAUAAGGGGAAAAGGAUUAGUCAACAUUUUGGUAGGUCCAUAUCUGUUAACACAAAAACCCAUCUAAAGCCAGCUUUGGGGAUGAACGGCGCCAAAGCUCGUAGCCAGAGCUUCAGCACCAACUACAUUGAGAAACCCAGUGUGAAUGCACUAGAAGGUCCGGGAAAAAUCAGAACGCAAAUCAUCACCAACUCAAGCGAAAGGGGUAAUUCUCUGACAAGACAAAGUUCUUUAGAGGUACCCAUUGUUGGGGUAACUGAGAGUCCUAUCCACUCCCCCAGGAUGAGGCUUAGUCACUAUGGGGGGAUGACGGGGUCAAAUAGUCACAAUAUCCUCCCAGAGAAAACCCCUAAAUCUGGCUCUACAGGUGACGGGUUGCUAGGUGGAGUGAAAGGGGAGGGUGCCACUUCACCUUGUCAUAAAGAGGUGAAGAGUUUACCCAUAAGCGAAAGGAAUAUUUUCAACAAUAUCCGAAAACCAUCAAAAGUAGCCUCUCAUCCGCAGUUCCAGCCUCCAUCUGCUUCUCUGUAUAACUGGGAAAACCCUUCGAAAGAGAUUGACGGUAUAGCAAUCACCCCUAACGAGCAAGUAAAAACCAAGACGGAGUCCCCGAACAAACCCGCGGACACAGAGGAGAAGAAAACCAGCCCUGCGGCGUGCACCAUCGAAGAGAAAGUCAUGAUGGGCAUCGAGGAGAACUUGCAGAAAUGUCAAGAACAAGAGAAGGUGGCUGCCAGCGAGGCCAAACAAAAGACCGGGCCCUCUUUGGCCAACUGGUUCGGCCUCCGCAGGAGCAAACUUCCAGCAUUGAACGGCAAAAAGGCAGACGCCCCGAAGGGAAAAGAGGAGAAGAAAGAGCUGAAGAUUGGCUCGGUGCUCGGAGGCAAACAGAUGAAGUCUGACAAGAAGAAGGAGAAGAAGAAAGAAAGUCAGGACGUGCCAAAUCUGUGUGAGAUGAACAAUAAGCUGAGCUCCAUCAUGGACCACUGCAACAACCAGAUGGGUCAGAUCGCCAGUCAGAUCCAGUGCACCACAGCAUUAAUCGGCAAAGACCAGUUUGUCAAGGACCUUCUUGGCAGGACCGCCGGGAAGGUCGGCUCCGUGGCCGCGUCGCCGCCCGCCGUCUCCACGCCCAAGAAGCACGGCGAGCUGAAGGGCGAUACGCAGAUCUGUGCGGACACCGCUACACUCAUCAUGACACAGAAGAUCAGUCUGAAAGGUGAAAACGAGGAGGGACACAUCCCAGGAUCAACGUGUCAAGAGCACAUGAUCGACUCCAGUUGUCAGAUGAGAACUCUGGACAGUGGCAUCGGCACUUUUCCCCUCCCUGAUUCAGUCACACGAGCCAGCGGUCGCCACAUCCCCAAAUCUGAAUCCAGCCCAGGUGGGGUGACCGUUGGCUCCUCCGAGCACCAACAGGAACCCUCGUCUUCUCACCCGGACCCCUUGCAACCUGACGUGAAAGUGCCUUCCCUUCCAAAACCCCACCUGCACACUCCCACCACCAAAACCACCACCACCUUGGGCCACUCACUGUCUGACCCCACUGUGACCUGCAGCGGAAGUACCCGGGACACCCAGAGCCGCCUGCCUAAACUGGCAUCCUCAGAUGUGAUCAGGACGAAGAGGUUGAGCCUUGGUGCCCAACGCAGCACCGCCGCUGCUUCUACCGAAGACAAGGAGAAAGAAACGGAGAGGAAGAUGAAAACCAAGGAGCAAAAUACAGCCGGUCAAACAACCCUCCGAGUGUGCACGUACUCAGGCAGCAGCAGCGACACGGAGACCGAACCGGAGCGAACAGGAAGCACCGCGUCCUCGCCACAAAGAGCCCCGAUCGACAGAACCAGGAGGACCGACUCUGCUGAGCAGAGAGAGGACACCCUGAAGAGGCGGAGCGUGGAGAAAUCCUUGUCCAUCAUGGAUUUCUACCAACACGAGGUGUUCAAGGACAGCAGGCGACUUUCCCAGUACAACUUGUUGCACAAGGAGUCCUCUCUCGAUGGCAAAGCAGGAGACUGGCUCAGUAAAGAGAUUCCAGUGGAGAAGACGCCCACGAGUCCAAAUCGCCUGACCUCUUUGGACGUGUCCGUGGUAAACGAGCUGAAUCACAGCAGCCCCAGCAGCUUGUACCCGGACGCGAGCUUGAGCGGCCUCCAAGGGGACGCGGGGAAGAGAGUGGAGGACGGCCGCAAAGUCGACGAGCCCCUGUCGUCGUCCAGCUUCGUAGGCAGGACCGGGGCGGAUCCUAUGGGCUCGCUUAGCGACUCGCUCUACGACAGUUUCUCGUCCUGUGCCAGUCAGGGCUCCAACGGCGUCUGAGGGUGUCUGGACUUUUGUCAGGUUGAAUGGUACAACUAAAUUAUACGGUGGAUUUUCAGGCCAUUCUGACAUUUGUUUGCAAUAUAUAUAUAUAUAUUUUGUCAGCCAAGUCACCAAUGCCAACAAUAUCUUAGCUUCUAGACCUUUGACCAUGCCGUUUUUGACGUGGCGGAUAAACCUGACAGCUUUCAGAACAAUCUAACGCAUUGCCUCAAAUCUAACCAAGCUGCUUCAUAAAUCAAACCACAUUUAAACGUAUCAGUCCCUUUUUGGGGGGCAAUUUGGAAAAUAUAAGUCAACACAUACACAGAAAAAAAGGUCAAAAACAGAUUUGGACUGCAACCCUCAUAUGCUGGAUGA